AUGGAAACCUCAAUGAGAAACUGGAAAACUACAAUGAAGCCAUCUUGUAAUGAUGGAUGUAUCACAAUGGAUCAGAUCAAGAUCCAAAGAGGGAUCUUUCAAGGAGAUUCAUUCUUGCCUAGUAAUCUGUUUUAUAUGAAAGACCUAAAAUUGAACAGCAAGAACAAGCAAAAACAAGUUGGAGAACUAAAAAUAGUGACACAAUUCAGUGAUGAUAUUGGUAUGGAAUUUGGCCUUGUGGAAUGUGCCAAAGCCAGUUUCAAGAAAGAUAAACUGACUUCAACUGGAAACAAAAUAAUAGAUGAGGAGACAGAAAUACAAGAAUUGAACCAGGAAGGAGGAUACAAAUACCUGGGUGUAGAUAAAAGUGAUGGUAUCCAGCAUAGCAAAAUGAAAGAGAGGAUAAGAAAAUAAUAAAAUAGGAGAGUAAGAUUGAUCCUAAGAACUGAGCUCAAUGGAAGAAACAAAAUAGAAGCCAUCAACAGCCUUGUAGUCCCAGUUGUGCAUUAUAGUUUUGGCAUCAUUGACUGGAAAAUCUCCAAACCGAAGAAGAUUGACAUGAAAACACCCAUACUAUUGAACAAGCACCAGGUGUUACAUCCUAAAGCAGAUGUGAAAAGGCUGUACAUCCCAAGAAAAGAUGGAGGAAGGGGCUUGAUUAAUGUAGAAACAACAUUCAAAACAGUAACAAUAGGGCUCAAUCAUUACCUAAGGUACAAAGAAGGGCAAUAUCCAAAGCAGGCGCUUGAACAUGAAAGAUUUAAGUCCAAAAAUUCAAUAACCAAGAAUGCUACUAAGCUCAAAAGGGAAGUAACAAUGCCAGGCUUUGAGAACAGAGAGGAUAAAUCAGCCUCGGAAAAUGCUAAGGCCCUGAAACACACAUCAAAGUCCAGGAUGAAAUCCAUGAAUAAAUGAAAGUGGAAAAAAAAGCAUUACAUGGCCAGUAUUCCAGGAUUCUAGAGAAGCCUCACUUAGACACAGUCACCACCAACAAAUGGUUUUCAAGUAA